UAGGUUUUCGUUCUCUACCCGUUUGUCCUAACGCGAUUAUUUUUUCUAUUAACUAUUAAGUGUGAAACGCGCAUUUGCGGUCAAGUUCACAAUUUAAACGUUUCUCCGACGAAUUCGCAUAAAAUGUCGAUGUCAACGUUGAAGACUCCCGUGAUGAACAACAUCGCCAAACGCUGCUACGCCAGCAAGUCGGCGGCGGCGUUGUCCAUCAAAGGCCCACAGGUGCAGACGAAAAAAUUGCCCAACAACUCUCUGGUCGUAGCCGUUCCCGAUUACCCGACCAACAUCGGACGGGUGUCGGUGACUUUCUUGGCCGGAUCGCGGUACGAAGACCCAGAGAACGCAGGUAUCUCUCAUCUCGUCCGCAGCUCUGCCGGACUCAGCACCGAAUUGUCGUCCACAUUUUCGAUCGUACGAAACCUGGGCCACUUGGGCACCAACUACUACGUGACUUCCGACCGCGAGACGAUCACGUACACCAUCGAAGCGCACAAGGACAAUCUCGUCAGCAGCUUGAAGUAUUUCAUUGAUUCCAUUUCGAAUCAGUCGUUCAAGCCAUGGGAACUCUCCGACAACAUGAAACGCGUACAAUACGAACUACUGACCAUUCCGCCUGAACUCAGAGUUUUGGAUUUGGCUCACAAGGCUGCGUACAGGAACGCCCUCGGCAACACAGUGUUUUUGCCCAAAUACAAUGCCAAAAAAUUGGGAACGGAACAUCUCUUAUAUUACGUCAAGAAAAACUUCAACGCCCAAAAUACUAUCAUAUCGAGUGUUGGCGUCGAUGUAGACACAUUGGUACACAUUUCAGAAGAUUUGAAUUUACCCACCGGAAAUGCAAACCAAACACCAAAAACUAAAUAUUACGGUGGCGACGUGAGAAAGUCCAAGGCAUUGGACGCUACAUACUUGGCCGUUGUCGGUGAAGGAGUAAGCUACAAGGAUUCUCAGAGUGCUUCAUAUGCUGUACUUCAGUAUUUACUCGGCAAAGGAUCAUCGGUGAAAUGGGGAGUCGGACAAGGAGUCUUGGAACAAAGUAUCCUAAAAGCAAACAGUUCAGAUAAUUUUGCCGUAUCUGCUGUAAACUAUAACUAUUCAGAUUCUGGACUCUUUGGUUUCCUGUUAGCAUACAACGGUAAAGAUAUCGGUAAUGUGUUAAAGACUGCGGUACAGAGUUUAAGGAGUCCUACAGUCACUGAAACCGAAGUAAACAGAGCCAAGAAACAAUUGAUUUUCUCUCUUGUAUCAGCAUCAGAAUCUAGUACCGGAGUCUUAGAAAAUAUUACACAACAAGCUGUUACCACUGGACAAGUAAUACCAUUUGAGAAGUUAAUUGCUGCUGUUGAGGCAGUUACUGUUGAGGAUGUGAAGAAAGCAGCCGGCAAAGUAGCCGGUAGCAAGUUAUCAUUGGCUGGUUAUGGUAAUGUAGCAACAACACCUUAUUUGGAUAAUCUGUAAAUAAGUGUUUAAUUUUAACGUAAACCUUUGUUAGUAAAAUAUUAAACUCUAAAAAACACUUUUAUUGUUUA